AUGACUCAUUCUCAACAUCGUACACAAGUACCAGAUGAUAAUUUGUAUACUUUAAAUACUUAUCUAGAUAAUGUACCGUUUUUAUUCAAUAAAAAAUAUAUACCUAUCAAUGUGCCUGACCAUGAUAUACCCGAUUACGAUACAAGAAAAGUUCAAGAAAUUUUAACCAGACCGUGUAAUUUCACAUUAGAGAAAAAGGUAUUACAAGAAGCGUUAGAUGAUGUAAGACGGCGAAGAUUAGAAAUUGAAGCCGAUGGUUCUAAAAGACUGAAUGCUACCACAACGUUACCACAAACGGGCACAAAUUUAACAGUAACUGCCAAUGAACAACAACAGAAUCUUGAGAUAGAUCCGCAUCAAUUAGUCGAAAUUCAAACACAAAAGCGACAACGAGCAAUAACAACUACCAGUAUACCAUCAUUGACACAUUAUUUGCCUACACCAACAUCUAAUCAACAACAUCACCGUCACUCUGCACCACCACCACCACAGAUUCCACAACAAACUUCCACUAUGUUUCGCUUACCCUCUGUGCGUGAUAUCUAUUGGCCCAUGGGGCAAAAUUACGCUCAACAACAACCAACUGCAAUCCCCACUACACUGUUGAGAGCAUCCCAAACCAUAUCAAACGGGAGUACAACAGAUGGACAUGUUUUAAAUCAGCUAGGACAACUUAAUGUUGAAAAUUUGUCAUUCAACAAUUGUGAUGAAAAACACAUGCUAGUUUCCAAUACAGUACCCUCAUCUUCUGUGACAACUACACCAACCUCAUUAUCGUCCACAUCGUCUUCAAUAUUGAAUCCAAAAUUGACAGACGCUAUUAUUUCUUCUAAAACUACUACAAAUCAAGCUAAUGUUAGUGAUUUAUCAACAUUUGAUCCUUCUCUGUCUGAUACACAUGAUCCGUUUCAUGAAGCCGAAUUAAGAUCAAUUGAUGACGCUGUAGCACUCAGACAGUUGUAUACGAUAACAUCACAGACAGCAAAUACAAUAAGAAGAUAA